CGAGCGGUUACGAGGCUUUGCCCCAGAACCUCCGCGCCGAGAGGGGAGUCUUUCCGUCGCCGGAGGAAGAAGUCGAACAGACCGACGGAAGGCGGGCCCGGGAGGAGGAGGAGGAGGAGCCGCUGCCUGCCCGUCCGCCCGCGGCCUUCGGAAAGACUUGGCCGAAGUGGGCACCUGAGGCCCAAGCCUUGGAAUGAGGCGGCGGAGGCGGAGGCGGAGGCGGCUGCUGUGAGGGGAGGAAAAGGAAGGAAGCAAGCGGCGCGGGGGGAAAGACGGAGCGAAAGAAGAGCGGGCGGCGGGGGGCGACCGACUGACGGCGCCCACAUCCCCAGGCGCUUCCCCCGCCCCAUCCCCAACCGGCCGCCAAGAUGGAUGAACAGGAGGCCUUGCAAUCUAUCAUGAAGGAUUUGGUUGCACUCAAGAUGAGUCGGCGCCCCAGACUGUCUGGUUUUGAAAGCAUGAAAACCAAAGACUCUCCGCAUUCAAACAGACAGAAAAAACACAGUACCAGCAACUCAGCUGUCCUGAGCAACCAGUGUGUGUGUGCAGCAGAAGACAAAAAAGCUCAGAAUGACAUCCGGAUAAAGUUUGAAUAUAAUGGGGAAAAGCGAAUUAUUGCUUUUGCCCGGCCUGUCCGCUAUGAAGAUGUGCAACAGAAAGUGAAAACAGUUUUUGGGCAGCCGCUAGAUCUCCAUUACAUGAAUAACGAGUUAUCUAUUCCUUUGAAAAGUCAGGAUGACCUCGAUAAGGCAAUAGAUCUGUUAGACCGAAGUGCAAAUGUGAAACGCCUUAGAAUAUUACUGCUGUCUCAGGACAGAAACCAUACCAGUUCAUCAUCCCAUUCUGGAAUGCCAAAGCAAGUCAGAAUCAAAACUUCUCAAUCCAUGGGAGAUGUGAACACUGCGUUCCAGCCACCAGAAACCAGAAGCAGGCACUUGUCCAUCAGUUCUCAGACCACAGGUCGAAGUUCACCACCUCCAGGGUAUGUUCCAGAGAGGCAGCAACGAAUCGCUCGUCAGGGGUCCUACACCAGCAUCAACAGCGAAGGAGAAUUCAUUCCAGAGACCAAUGAACAAUGUAUGCUGGAUCCUUUAAGCAGUGCUGAAAACUCUAUAUCUGGCAGUUGUCAGUCGCUGGGCCAGUCAGGAGACAGUCUUUCCUAUAGAAAAUCCUGCAUGUCCAGGGCUCAGAGUUUCCCAGACAACAGGCAGGAUUUUUCAGAUCGUGAGAAUCAAAUCUAUGACAAAGCAGAGAAAGGAGGAACAUACCCUCGGCGUUACCAUGUCUCCAUGCAGCACAAAGAUUAUAAUGACGGACGGAGGACGUUCCCACGUAUUCGACGUCACCAGGGUAACCUCUUUACACUAGUGCCAUCGAGCCGCUCCUUGAGCACCAAUGGGGAGAAUCUUGGCCUAGCAGUGCAGUAUCUGGACCCCCGGGGGCGCCUACGGAGCGCGGACAGUGAGAAUGCUCUCACCGUGCAAGAGAGAAACAUUCCAACCAAAUCUCCAAGUGCCCCCGUUAAUUGGCGGCGAGGGAAGCUCCUGGGACAAGGUGCAUUUGGGCGUGUGUACUUGUGCUACGAUGUGGAUACAGCCAGAGAACUUGCAGCAAAACAGGUCCAGUUUGACCCAGACAGUCCUGAAACAAGCAAGGAAGUGAGUGCUUUGGAGUGUGAAAUUCAGCUGUUGAAGAACCUUCAGCAUGAGCGCAUUGUCCAGUAUUAUGGGUGCUUGAGGGACCGAGCAGAGAAGACCCUGAGCAUAUUCAUGGAGUACAUGCCAGGGGGUUCUGUCAAAGACCAGCUGAAGGCCUAUGGUGCACUGACGGAAAAUGUGACCCGGAAGUACACUCGGCAGAUUCUUGAAGGGGUCUGUUACCUUCACAGCAACAUGAUUGUACAUAGGGAUAUAAAGGGAGCCAAUAUUCUCCGGGACUCUGCUGGCAAUGUGAAGCUUGGGGACUUUGGGGCCAGCAAACGGCUGCAGACAAUCUGCAUGUCUGGGACCGGCAUCCGUUCUGUCACUGGCACGCCCUAUUGGAUGAGUCCAGAGGUGAUCAGCGGGGAGGGUUACGGAAGAAAAGCUGAUGUCUGGAGCCUUGCCUGUACUGUUGUGGAGAUGCUAACAGAGAAGCCACCCUGGGCAGAGUAUGAAGCCAUGGCAGCCAUUUUCAAGAUUGCCACACAGCCAACUAACCCCCAGCUGCCUUCCCACAUUUCAGAAACUUGCCGGGACUUUAUAAAGCGGAUCUUUGUAGAAGCCCGGCAGAGACCCUCAGCUGAAGAGCUGCUCCAGCAUCACUUUGCACAGCUCCCAUACUGAAUUUCCAUCCCCAGAAACAGUACUUCUUCCUUGGCUUUUAGCAUCAUCUCCUUGUGAGGAUUCUGUGCUGUGGCCCUUAUCCGAGCAGCAGCUCCAAACAAAUGCUGGCACAGCUGUCUUACUUGCCUAGAGAGGCAGUUGGUGUUUGAGGAGCAAGGCAGGGACAUCAGUUGCUUUUAUUUGGAUAGAUUCUUCUUUGGAUUGAUGCUUCUAGUAGCUGUGCAAACUACAUCUGCAUCUCUGUCCUUACCUGUGCUGCCACCAUGGAAUGUUUGGUGACAUUCUUCCCACAAGCACAUGAGCUGGGAGCAGCUUAGGAACCAUCUCACUUGAAUGUAGCUGUGUAUCAGAAGCUGGUCCAAAGUGGAAGGGGGCUUGUGAUAUUAGAACUUGUGAUAGCUUCUAAAAGCUACAAAAAUGUGUGUUGGCUAGCAUUCUGUGUUUCGCAGUUCCCCAGGACUAUGUCAAGUGCCACAGAGAACAUGGACUCAGUUAUUAUAUAUAAUAAUUAUUAUAUAUUUUAUUAAGUAUUCAGCAUCUGAAAGUGUUCAGAAAAUAUUGAUUUAGAAGAAUAUGUGAAUAGUGUUGUUGUUUUUUAUAUAAUGACAAACCCAAGGAGCUGGAGGCAGAGUUGUACUUUCUUUCUAUUUGCCUUUUAACUCUCUCCUAUCCACAUUUCUGGAUGAUGAGAUGGGGGUUACAGUGGAACACAAGCACAACAAGGCCUACACAACAAAUGGCCCCUGAAUGAAACGAGGGAAUCGAGCUUCAUUUUGACAGGGCUGUCUGAAGGUGCAAUUCAGGACUGUGUCUAUGCAAUAACUGUGCUAACACAGGAUUUAUUAUCUGGCACAAAGAUCGGCAUCCUAAGAUUCAGUAUUUCUAACUUUUAUUUAUUUUAAUUUAAUUCUUUUCAAAGCAAGUUUCUGGUCUUCAUGGCUGCAGAGAAACUCUAAAUGUGGAGGGUUUGAGAGGUGCCUGGUGACUUCUUAGAAGUCACAGGGGGCUGAGCAGGAUACAGCAGUUGUGGCAUGUGCUUAGUGCCCUUGCACAAAGAGCAAAAGCCAAAUAAAUAAUCAAAAACAAGAAUAUACACAGAUUUUUACUUUAUUUGCAUAAUUUAUUCAGAUCAUGGAAUGUGACAUUUUUAUGGAUUGUUUUAGCACAGAAUAUCACAUGCUGGGUAUAGACAGGGGUUGCUGUAGGAUAGCUAUUGCUUGCAACUGAUGAGAAAGAGCCCUGCAUUGGGAGUUUCAUACAGCUGGCCUAUCAUGCAGCAGUUAAUAGCUUUCCUAUGAAAAUGCUGUUCCUUUGAGACGCCAGGUUCUUCUAGAUCUGUUAGAUGUCUUCUUCCACCCAGGUAUUUUCUGCAGAACUGCUGGUGCCAUAUUCAGGGGGUUUUUUUGCCAGUCCUUCAAACCAAAGACAUUUCCAGUGCUGCCAAAAUCUUAUUUCAGGGAAAGGUGAAAGACUGCUGCUAAGCCUAAUAAAGACAUUUGUUUUAAGGUUUUCAUGUGAUCAUGGAUAAAAAUAGUUUUAUAAAUGAAAGACACAUGCCUGAGCAGCACAGGCGAGGGAGAUAUUCAUGCAAAAGCUGCACUUGUGAUUGUGUUUUCAGAGUCAUCUAAUCUAGCAGUUGUGUGAAACAAAGGGACAAGGCCUGAUUUCAAAUGCUGCAUUAUCUUUUGGCUAGGAAUCCUGGGGAUUUUUAAAGGGGAAUUCAUGACAAACUUCAUUGCAGGCAAUCUAAGCAGUAUCCUCUUUCAACUAACUGUUUAGUGGCCAAGGGAAAUUUGCUUGUUUUGCCGUAUAAAAUUUUGGACUGGGAACCAGAUGCAAUCAGGCAGGGCCCGUGUAACAUAAGGACCUGCUCACAUUCCAGAAAUGUUCACUUCAAAAAUGCACUUCCUAGGAUAGCUGAACAAUUUGACCGUUGUGUUGUGCUGCAAAAAGAAUGUGUACUUCUGUUGUGUCAUGCUUCCAAUCACCUGCUCUUAGCCUUUAAAAGAGGUAAAAUUUAUCCCUCCUCUUUCCAGCCAAGAAUCAUUUAUGACAGGCACAUUGACACCAUCUUAGGGUAGCCAGCUGUUUUCGUCUCUACAAAGUUGAGGAUUGCUACCAUCUUUCAGCUUUUUACAGGGCUACAGAUGUUUACUUAAAUCACAAUCUGGCAACCUACCAGCUUGACAUGUUGGUUAACAGCCAGAACUAGGAAAUGCUUCCAGUGGACCUGCAGCAGUGUAUUUGAAGCAGGAUGCAGUCAUCAUGUGAAUAAAAUGUAGCAAAGGUAAGAGUUAUUUCCUUGUAGCAGUGAUAAGGUGUUAAUGUAGCUUCUCUGCUCUGUUUAAGGCAGGCAUGUCCUUGACCACUGGUCCUGUUAGCUAGGGAUGAUGGGAGUUGUUGUCCCGAAACAGCUGGAGGGCCAAGUUUGGCCAUGCCUGGUUUAAGGCUUCCACAAUGCUACUUUUAUGACUGGAUGCUGUUUUCUGAUGGGGAAUCCAGGAUUUAAGGAAGUACAUAGUGUGAUUUGUUCCUUUCAGAUAAUGGAGGUUCAAAAAACUUGCAGUGGUUCUCUCCCCCACCCCCUUUAUCUCACCUGCCAGCAUGUUUGUAGGACUUGGAGAGAGGCCUGAAAUGUUUGUUGUCCUGAAACAUGCUCACUCUCAGCCCAAACUGUGGUCUGUGUAUCCUGUGACUUGGCAAAUGCCCAGCAGCAGGCUCUCCCUCCACCUGUCUCCAAUAAUGUGAUUAUGUUGGCUGGGCUCCCCCUUUGUAUGAUACACUCCAGUACCCAGACCCAGAGCCUCUGAUUAAGCCUAAGAAAUAAGCCAAAGCAUUACUUGUAUGGUCGGCAAUGCACUUUUACAAAUGUGUGUAUAUCAUUCCCUAUUUGUUAUGCUUUUUACAUCAUGUAAACAAAUGAUGGUGCCUCUUAUCUUUUUUAUUUAUGCUGUAUUUGUUGAUUUUUAUAGAUAUGUAUAGCAACUGUUAUGGGAUGGGAAAGAAAUUGACACCUUCAUGAAUUUUAAAAGUGGGAAGAGAAGCAGCUGGUUUUGCAGAAAUUUUGAAUAUAGUUUUAUAACAAAAUGUGUUAAGCCAAAAUACCUCUUUGUUUCCUCACGCACCCGUUGGGGCAGUGGGAAUGUUGAAUUCGUUUCAUAGAAAUAGCAUAGAUCCCAAUAAUAAAAUAUCUGGAAUGGGUUGUUUUAUGAGCAAUCUAUCCAUAGGCUUUGUCCAGGAGACCUGGUUAGGUUUAUUACAAAUCUGAUUAAAUAGUUGCAGCACACAGUGUCACUAGUGUUAAGUUACUGGGUGGGCACAUCCAUUUGCAUAACCUUUAUUGGAUGUCUUCAACCUGGAUUUGACAUUGGGUUGUUGCAUAUGGAUUGAUUUACUACUCAAAACAAUUUAGAAGGAUUGAUUUGUCCCUAAAACUGCAGCUAAAUCAAUUACAAAAAAUGGCCAGUAACUUACCCCUCCCCUUCAACCAUUUCCAGUAAAAAGGAAAUUCCUUCUGUAGUAUAAAGCCCCAUUAAUCUGUUCAUACUCAUUUUCAAGCACUUUGUGCCCCCCUGAUACUUUCAUUUGCACUUUUGCUUUCAGUAAGUUUCUUGUCCCCAUGGGUGCAGAUGAGAAAACAGGUUGCUGAAGGAUAAAUUGCAAAUUUUCCCAGAUGGAAUUUUAACCAUAUGUGAGGAAAGAAAAUAAUGGUGUUUUGGGCUUGGCGUGACGAUUCUGUAUCCUCCAGGUUCACCCUCUUAAUGUUCUGCUAAACAGGAUUAUUCUGUCUUACUGUGGGUGUGAAUGAUUCAAACACAUCUUAAAAUAGCUUUUUGCAUUGAAGAAAGCUACCAUUGCCAGACAGCCUUUAUUUCUUCUCUUAUUGGCCUUUAGAAGAACAGCUGCAUUCUUGGAUGUGUGAUAUGGGGGCUGUUCUAAUACCUGAUUUCAGGAUAAAGUUUUAGAGAAGAAUAUACCAUUAUUUCAUUAUAGUCCAAAGCAGUUGAAAGGAAGUCCCACUGACUUCUGCAGAGUUUUCUUCUAUCAAGAUUUCUGCCUCUACAACACAGCAGCAUGAUUGUGAAAUUGCCUUGUGGAGACUAGAAGAUUGCACAUUUUGCUUCUCAAUCUGCAAUCCAGAGUAUUCCCUAUAAAUUGUCUGUAUUGGAAUAAGUGGUUUGAUUUAUUGAAACCUAAAAAGGGAACUUAAGUAUUUUUAACAAGUGGACCAUGUGUGCCUCAUAAGCCAGCAGCAGCAUUGUGAAGUUUAUCAACUGAACCUGGAGUGUACAGAAGACCUUGAACCACUUGUGUCUUUAUAAAUAUCUAUACUGACCGGGGCUUGCAGUGCAAAGCCGGGCCAAAGUAUAACUUUUAUUUACAAUAAAAUAACAUUUUUGGCUAA